AUGACUCGCCAGGAGUUGAUAAGAUCGUUGUCUCCAAACAGCAAGACUCGGUCUCCAUUAGCAGAGAAACCAUCCGAGACGACAACAAAAAUGUCGAACACGAAAACUAAGGGAGAGAACAGGGGAGAUAAAAGUAUAAUAAAGCGGUGUGGAGAGGUUGCAGGAGGAACCACUGCAGAGUGUGUGGCAGUGUGUUGCUGCUGUCCAUGUGCGCUGAUGAAUUUCUUGGUGUUAACAAUUUACAAAAUGCCGGCUUGUCUUUGCAGGAAGGCAAGGAAACGACAUCGGAAAAGAAAGCAUGAUAGUUUGUUGGUUCACACUGUGAGUAAAGAUUCAUGCAAAGAGGAAUUGAUGGAGAAACAAAAAGCCGGUGUUGGUAUCCACGAUGGUGGUGAGAGCGAUACUGGGGCUGAUGAACUAGAGAAAGAGAUGUGGUACCGCUUUUAUGCAACUGGAUUUUGGAGAAGCCCUUCUCACAGAAGCACGAGGUGA